AUGUCCACGAGCGAGAACGCCUCCCUCCGCUUCGGCCCCAUGCCUGCCAGGACCAGGCAGCCCAGCAGCUCCGCCUCGCCCGCCAGUGGCGGGCCCGCCGCCGGUGGGGAGCGGCGGGGGAGCGGGCGCCGGGGCAGUGAACGGCGCAGCAGCGCCGCUGCAGGCCAGCAGCAGCAGCAGCAGCAGCAGCCGGCGGAAGUUGCGGCCUGGCAGGCAGAGUGCGAACGGGUGAAGGACAGGCUGGUCAUCACCGCCGAUGCUGGCGGCGGCGGCGGCGAGUGGCGCAUUCCGCUGGAGCGGGCGCUGGCCAGCAUGGGCAGCCUGCAGGCCACGGAGCCCGAGGCGCGGGCAGAGCUGGAGGGCGCGGGCCAGGCAUUGGCGGCUACUGCAGAAGCGCUGGCCGCCAGCGACAAGGCCGUCAGCUCCCAGCUGUCGGGGCUGCAGGCAGAGCACCAGGCCGCGGUGGCCGCGGUGGACUCGCUCCAGGCGGAGCAGGCGGCGCGCCAAGAGUAUGUGGCCACCCUGGAGCAGGAGCUGCAGUUCCUCAACAAGGAGCUGGAGGAGCGGCAGCGCGAAAUGGCGGAGCAGGGCAACAGCAUGAGCGACAAGCGGCCCGUGGCGCGCCUGGCAGAGGCGUGCAGCCAGCUGCGCACGGAGCUGCUGCAGAUGGAGGUGCGGACGGGCAUUCUGCAGGCAAUGCUGCUGCGCCAGGCCACCGCCAAGCGCUGA